AGAGCACUAUUUUCAUGAAAACGCCACUUAUAUUUUGCAUGAUAAUCUUAAUCAUAAUCAUAAUCAUUUGUGCAAUGUUCCCUCUUUAGAGACAUGGCACACUAUUAACAUAUGGAGAUCUUUUGAGUGUUAUGACUAUUUUUACCACUUAAUUUGUGUUUUUGAACAAUUUUCACACUAUCGUAUUUAUAGUUUAUUCAGAUCGCAUGCCACCAUUUCGUUUGCCCGCAGGCACGAGGGCGCUGUUGGGAACCUAUUCGUCAGGCCUUCCCCAUCUCCGCUGGCUGGGCUUAACUACCAAAGCAGAGGCCGAGUGGGACCUUGGCCUGAAACAACUCUAUGGAUCUCAGUACUGACUCCGGGACACUGCCCGCCCACACCACUGUAAGAGGACCUGUGUUGGAGCUGUCUCUGUCUAACGCUCGCUGUCAAACAGAAAGUGGAGGCACCAUCUUAUUACAGUUGUUGGAAUUUAAAACCCAUCUUCUUGACGCUGUGGAGGAGCUGCAUAUUCGGAGGGAUGCAGAGACACGCUUUGAGGAUCAGAUCAGUAAUCUGGUGUUGGACAAACAAGAGCUGGAAUGGGAGAAGGAAUCCCGACAACGUCAAAUUGAAACGGUGGCAAACCAGCACACAGAGUCACUCCUCAAUGUUAAGAAGCAGCUUCAGGCUAAAAUAAGAAACACUGAGGAGGAGAAGGGGAAAUACCAGGUCAGUGCUGAGUUAAAAGACAAGGAGAUUAACAACCUGAAAGAAGAGCUGAAGUCGCUACAGUUACUGAAGUACAACUUGGAAAAGAAAUCAAGUGAGCUGGAACAGAAAUUAGCCUUGCAGAACCGCUCAAAGGACAGCCACUUGAACCAGUUGGGGGAGGUUGAGAAACGUUUCAGUGCUCUGUCCUGGCAGUGUGCCGUGGUCAAGCAGGCUCACGAGAAACUAGAGCAAAAUGUUGAUGAGGCCAUGAAAAUAAAUAAGAGACUGACUACUGCAAAUGAAAAACUAGAAGCAACCAUUGUGUCACUAAAGAAGGAGGUGGAGGAGCUCAGUAACAAGCUGAUCAAGGCCAAGAUGUCAUCAGUUAGACAUGACAAGGCCCAUAGUCCUACAGGCAGAGAGCAGCAUGUUCAGCAGCUGCACCAGAAACUCAACAUGGAAACUGCAAUGAACAAGAAACUAAGGGAGGAAAAUGAAGCUGUAAGAUCAGAAAAGCAGGAAGUGAUGAGGUCUCUGCAGCAUACACAGCAGCUGUUGUUGUGUCAGACACAGACAGUCAGCAGAGUAGACCUGGAGAUGCAGACACAGAGAGAGCAGUACCAGGCCCUUAAGCAGGAACACGGGGUGAUGCGAGAGAAAAGCAAGGCAAUGGAAGACAAGGUGGCCCAACUGAUGGAGAGCUACACAGCUUCCAAGAACAGCUGGGACAAAGAGAAGUCAAUGUUUCUGGAUUGCAUCAAGAGUGAGCAGCAGGACCUUCAAGCUAUGAAAGAGGCUCACGACGAGCUUCAUCAGAAAAACACUAAAAUGUCCUCACAGGCCAAAGUGCAGGCACAGCAUAUACAUGAAUUGGAGAUGAGAGACAGUAGUCAGAGCCGCAGUGUUUCCACAGAGGUCUUCCCCACUUUAGUGGAGGUAAUCAGAGGAGAGGAAACUCUUAAUGAACCCAUCUGCAGCGCUGAACUGCCUAGCUUUGGCAGUGUGCAGCACUUGGCCUCCGCUCAGACCAAGAACCCAGACUGUCUGGAGGACACAGGAGCUGUGACUAAGCUGGUUUCCACUGGAACAACUGGAGUAUUGACUGUAUCAAGCCGUGGACACAGGUCUAUUGAUGGAUCUCUGGACUUACUGAGCAAAGAAAAGAGUGAUGAAGGGAAUGGAAGACGGAGUGAGACAGAGCAGGGAUGGAAAGAUGAUGUGAAACAAGUCAAAAACAGAGAAGAGGGGAAAAGAAAUAAGGAAGGACAGUGGAGUAGAGAAGAAGUCAAAGGAGAAGAUGUGAAGGAAGGAGGAGGUGCUGGAGGAAAGAGAGGAACGCUCAUGGCCCAAACAACAGAUAGAGCAGACGGACGAGAGGAUAGCCAGGGGUCAACAGAGGAUGCAGGGGACCCCAAACAGCCUGAAACAGAAACAAAAGAUAGAGUUGAGGGAGAAGGGACACGGGGAGCGGAGGAGAGAGGAAAGACAGGGCUACACACAGCAGAAACCAAGAUACCGGCCCAGACGACUACUGAUACGACUAUCGAGAAGAGCGACACACAGCAGGUCAUUGACUUCAUGGACACUGAGCCACCACUGGCUGCCUGUGAGCCCUCAGACCGCUCGCAAAGUCUCUCUCAGAAAGUCAGUGAGAAGGAUGCUUACUGCAGCCAUGUGAACAAAGGAUAUGAGAGUAGGAGAGAAGUACAUUCUCUCUGUUAUGAUGAGCACCAAAGUGUCAACCAUGAGCCAAACUCUGUCAUUAAAGAGGUGCAACGCCUCUGUCACGAUGAAGUCCAAACCUUUGCUGAGACACUUAUUCAUUCUGAGAAAACCACCGAAGAGAAACCAUCCGAGAUAUCAGCAGCCAAUAUACUGACUGAACUUUCUGGACCUCUGAAUCAGUCAAGAUUUUGUGGCCCACAGACCAAUGCUGCAUCAUUAGCUGCUCGGUUGGAUGGCACUGUAUGGGAUGUCAGUAUCCAAGAGACGACUGCAACACAAACACAACCUAGUAACCCCUCUGACAAUCCCAGCGACAUGAAUCAAACCGAUGAAAUGUGUCCUGCACAUGUGAAUGAAGACUGUGUUUUAGUGAGAACAACGGUUGAACCACAAGCAUUACCUCAAAUCAAGGAAACCUCAGAGCAGAGUGUACAGCUGAAGUCUCUGGUAUCUGAUGGUUGUAGUGCAGGUAAGAAGAGGGAAGGCCAGUCAAAUGUCAACACACGUGAAAACAAUGCCUGUGAGACUGCCCAGGAACAUAUGGAAAAAUCCAAUUUGAAAGACUCCUGUGCUGAUAACGCAAUGGAUACUGUUGACCUUGAAUCUCAGGUUGAGACUGGCAGCUGCCAGGAACACGUGAAAAAUGACAAAAUUAAAGAUACAGAAGAUGCAAAGACGACUAAAAGUGAAACUGAUUUGAAGCUGUCUGUCCAUCCACGUCAUCAGGGUAAUGCAUUACCAGAGACUGGCAGCAUAACAUGCUGUGAACUGUCUCCAGCUAAAGAAAUGCUGCUUGAUGAGACGAACGAGUCUUUGCCCAGCAAAAACACUUACAGGUCGUCAUUUGACUGGGCCAGUGCUCAGAGAAAGAAGUCAGAUGUCUCCAUCCUACAUCAGUUUGUUCAGGGAUCGUCUAUGUUUCAGCAAAAUACAAGUGGUCCCGGUGGACUCCUCAGACAUCCUCCCAGCACAAUACCCACGUUUCUCAAAAGCAAGCACAACAAAGUCCCCUUGGUGAUUACCAGGGCGUCGGAUCUGUUGAAUGCCUCCAGUGUCUCUGGGACGGCAGCUUCCACAAGCGGACACCAGCAGGGAGAGCGGAAGGAUCUGGCAGAGAACUGCAAAGACACAGCAUCAGCAGACAUGGAGAGCCGAGCUUCUCUGUCCAUCACUCCUUUUCCUGUGUCCACAUCCAUCACAGUCAGCAGACUGUCAUGGCAAACCACCCCAGGGUGCAGAGCUCCCACCUCAGCUGCAGGUCCCAGUUCAGAGUCAGACGGGGAACCCUCUUGCUCCCAGGAGAGGGAAGACCAACAGUCGUCAUUUAGAACCCAGAUCUCUAAAAUCGAACAGUUCCUCAACACAGAGAGGCUCCGUCUUCACAAAAGACGAAGGACUGAUAACUAAACCACCAAAACAAAUAGUUCUGUUGAGGGAUGCGAAUGUAUCUAGUUACAUUACAAACGUUUUUUUAUUUGGUAAAGUGGUAAGAGCCUUGGCUGUGAAACAAUGUGCAACAGUGUCUAGUUUUUGGCUUUAAUCAUUGCCUGUUCACAUUACUGUUAUGAAAGAGAGGAGUUUUUCCACUGGAUGUUUAUAUAUUUAUGUUGGUACAUUUUAUUUUAACAUACAUUUGUGUGUGCAUAAAGCAGUGUUAAUGUAUGCAUUUUCAUAUAUACAAGAAUAAAACAUUUGCCUUACA